AUGCCACUUGGCAAACAUUUCUGUUCAGUGGGCCUCGGGAUGAAGCUGGCAUCUUUGAUGUCAGCUCCAGAGGUUCAUGACAUAACAACAAUCGAUAAACUGACCAGCUUGGAACUUAUUCGCUUGAUCUUGCAGAAAUCUCCACCUGCCAACAGCGAUGAGCUCACCCAUUUAUUAUCGUUGAUUUUUAAGUCCUGUGCAACUGAAGUUCCCAAAGCAAAGGAUCUUAAAGUUCUAUUGAAGAAAAUCCACCUGGAUACCAGGAUUGAAGCAUUUCAGCACAUUCAAAAUGAAGCAACCCUCGUACCGCUCUAUGACAUACAUGCAUGCCGUUGGAAUUGGCCACUCCCAGAUUCACAUCUAGACAAACUUCCUGGGCAAAAAAGUAAGUGGGCAGGAGAGAAGAGUAGUACGGACCAGGAAGAGAUGGAAGGAGAAAAUAGUGGUACCACGAAUGAGAGGUUGGGAGAUUGGGUUUUCAUCAAUGAAACUAGCACACCCACUGCCUCCGAGUCACAGGCUGAGAGUGUUGGCCAACCUGAAGAUGAUGAAAUAUCAAUAAAUGCCAGCUCCACCAGUGGUGACAGAACCCCAGUGCUCCAUGAGAUCAUCCAUGAUCCUACAAAACCAUGGACAACCGAACAGAUUUUUGUGUCCUUCUAUAACAUCCUUGCCUUUGCCCUCCUGCAGCAACCUGCACUCGCUCAGAGGCAUAACUUAUCUCGUGUCUGGAGUGCAUCAAACUCCUCACGCCCAAUACACGGCAAUGAAAUCGCGCGCAAACCAGACCUCACCUUACUUGAUGAUAUCGAGGCUAGAUGGGACACAAUCAAGGCCCAAGGCUUACCUGCUACUCAAGCACCAACUGUGGAGACGCUUCACACUGUUGGUCUCCAUUUCAAUCUCGAGUGUAUCGGGUUUGACCCCACGAUCAGUAUCUUGAAGCAUACACUUCACCACACACUUCGAUCUCCUGAUUUCCGCCCUGCCAAACCCUCACCUUCUCUACAGCAGACUCCCAAAGUGAUCCCAGAUGCGCAGAUCAUGGAGAACGACUCAGAGACCAAUGCCAUAGAGGAUGUGGUGCCCGAACUUGCAGCCAAUAUCCCUCCAAACACAGUCGACUCGGAGACCAAUGCCAUAGAGGAUGCGGUGCCCAAACCUGCAGCCAAUAUCCCUCCAAACAUGGUUCCCCUCAUAGAAGAAAUCCCUCGUGAUCCUCUCUGUGGGCCCCUCCCAGAGCCAAUAGGAAAAAUACGAGUCAAUCAGAAUACAUACAAUAUCCUGGAUCUAAUAUUCUCUACCCAAGGCCUUGUUGGUUGUGGCACAGCGUGCUAUCUGGUCAGAAAGGACGAGGAAGAGUAUAUCGUGAAGGAUCACUGGGUUCUCGGGGGUAAAUCAGAGGUCCUGAACGAGAUUUGUAUGAUGGAGAAGAUGGAUGGGAUCCAUGGUGUUCCUCACCUUGUCAAAUAUUGGCUGGUGGAGAUGGAACCUGGUGAGGUUGACGAAAUGGUGAAGUAUCGUCAAAAGGUCCCACACAGCAUACAGGGCACCUCCUGUACACAUGUUCGCCUGGUCCUGAAACCCCGCGUGCGACCCUUAUAUCAAUUCUGUUCACAUGCGGAGUUCUUAACCCCGAUACGGGAUAUCAUGAAGAUUCAGAAACAAGCAGUGGAGCAGAACCAGGUUCUUCAUCAUGAUUGCAGUUUGAAUAAUGCAAUGAUCGAGGAUGAUGGUAGUGGCUCCCAUGGGAUGUUAAUAGAUUGGGAGUUUGCUGUAGAGAUUAUACAAGGCAAUCAGUAUGGUGUUGGGGGCACAGGCACAAUACCUUUCAUGUUGCGGUCCCUUCUCUUCCAGCUUUAUCUCAACAUGCUGGAUCCAUCUGAUGAGUGCUUGGGUACACAAGCCUCAGGAUCAAAACCAUACCCAGCCCCCAUGAUCACGCAUGUUUACAACGACAAUCUUGAGUCGAUGUUUUACAUUUUCAUCUGGGUUUGUAUUGAAUUCAGGGGCCCUCUCAGCAUGAAGCGUGUUCUCCCUGUUACUCUCCCACAGUAUUCAAUGCAGUGCAUCAAAUGGAUAACACGAGAAUGGUCUGCAUCCACGUACCAAAAGUACCACUACACUAUGGAACUCGCCAAACAGUUUGACCCAUACUUCAAAUCUCUUCUUCCACUCGCAUUAGAGUGGUAUGAACUCAUUAAAGAACCUAAAUGGUUGCUCUUCAACAAUGUAAUUGAUCUGCUGGAUAGACACAUUACUACACUUCUGAAGGAGGACUCCCCUGAGCUCUUAGUCUCGAAAUGGGUAAUUCUCUCAGCAGCAGAUGAAACACGACAGAAGCGAGUGGUUGAUCAUCGGUGGACGAUGGAAAUCAUACCCAAGCUGAAGAGGAACAAAACUGGGUAG